AUACUUGAGUCAAUAUAUCGCUAACUCUUGCGCUGUUUAGUUGUGGAAAUUGUAAUAGUGUCUAUAAAAAUGCAAUUGAAAUAAUCAAUAGUUUCCAAAAUGGCGGAUAUAAUUAAUGAAAAGGCGAAAGCUGACGAAGACGCAUUAACCAAGUUGAAAGAUAAAUGUGCAAGUUGCAUUCGUGGGUCCAAUUUGAUUAAAACUGUCAUUGUGGUGUUAUGUACAGCGGUAGUCGUUCAGCAGAUAACGGUAUGUAUCCAGAAGCUGUCGGACAAGCCGAUUACGACGUACACGCACUUCGACUUCAAUAAGACUAUUAUGUACCCAAGUAUUACCUUCUGCAGGGAGCCACCGUACAAAUAUGACAAAAUGCUGGAAUACGGUCUUUACGCCCACCCGCGCUACACGUCCACCUGGCUCGCCUUCAACUUCUCCCAGACCAGCCUCGACCAUCUGUGGGAUGACAUCACGUACAAUCAAACCGAUAUAUUCGUGCAGUAUGGCUUGGACGGUAGCAUGGAUAAUGUGGAAAUCAAGUCGACCCACGGCUUCGUGCAUGGUCGCUGCUACACAGUCACGUCAAAGAUAGCUAGCACCCGGGCUACCAGGGCAUCAGGGUACUCCAUAACCUUGCAGCACUCUGCUGUAGACGUGGCUACCUCCACCGGCACCUUCCCACCUGGGUACCAUGUUUAUGUGCAUUAUAACCGAGAGCCGUUUACAGAAGUGGACGUAUAUAACGGUGGCCACGUGGACUAUUUCUACGUGAAUACAGGAGACACUAUUGAUGUUAAACUGAAGGUGGACCAAUACGUGAAGAUUGGCAAGGAAGAAGAUCCUUGUACGAAUAUCGAAAAUUAUAGUGCAAAUGAGUGUACGUCCAAAUGUGUGUGGGACCUGGUGAGCAAAGAGGCUGGCUGCUCUGGUCCGUGGAUGAAGAGUGACUUGCCACAUUGCAGCGACUACUCCGGAAUGAGGAGCCUCAUAUCAACAUAUUUAAACACGUACGUCAGUCACAGCUGCUCAGCGACAUUGUGCCCUCGCUUCUGUCGCUCGUACCUGUACAACUGUUUCAUCACCGACCGCCAGACAUUCUACUCCUGGGACUCGGUCAGCAGGAGUUGGACUGUCAACUCUGCACAGGCAAACCUGCAGACUAAUCUUUACAUAUAUUUCAACGGUAUGCUGGUCUCUGUGUACGAGGAACGAUUCAACUAUGAUUGGAACCUUUUUCUGUCAGAUCUCGGUGGCAGCGUGGGUUUUCUACUGGGCCUGUCGGUGAUUGGUCUGAUGGGUAUGUUCGGGAAGGUCUGGUCUACAAUGAUCAAGCCUUCGAUCACACCCACGAAGACCAAAGACCACAAUGAAAACACCAGAUCAGCCAAACACGACGAAUAUCUGAAGAGUUGCAAAGAUUGGAACAAAAAUAAUUUUAUUCAUACUAAUUAGAAGUACCUACUGCGGGGACUUCACACUUGACCUGGCUUUGUAUUUUAAACUGUAAAAUCAAUAUAUAAUUAAGUAGA